ACUUGUGGCUUUGCACUGCACACUGCUUCCUACUGUCAGCCACCACAGCACAGGAACAGCCAACCACAUCCAACUGGAACCAUGCAGCCUGCCGAAGCCACACUAAACAGAAACAGCCUACACUUGGCUCUGCGACGAUACAGCUCAGCUGUCAGUGACAUGGAGCAGACCGUUCUCCUGCCGAGCAUGCUGCGAGAUGUGCCCUCUGAUGAGAUGUGGGACUGUGAAACAGCAGAGGAGUCCUGCAGAGACCUGUAUGGCAACUAUCUGAUGCUCAAGGCCAUAAGAAACACAGUGGAGAACAGCCUGGUUCUCCUGGAUGACAACAAGGCCAAGAACACAGCGCUCAACAAGACCCUGGAGCCUCUCUUGGACACAGAUCCUCAAGCUCUCUUCCGCUUCCAUCUGACAGGACUGUUUUCUGUGAUGAGUGACCUCACCAAGAAGACCCAGAGCCUCACUGGGAAAUAUAUGGACAUCAUCGGAGUGGCAAAUUAAAAAAACAUGCAUGAUAAAUGGACAUCAAGCAAUAUAUCUGGUUUGUACAUGUGCUGUAUAUGUAACAAAGUCACCUGAACAUGUCAAAUGUCUGAACGGUUUAUGCUCAGUGACCCAAUGCUUCUAACUUAAUGGAUAUGGAACAAAAGUACAUUGUCAAUACUGAUCAAUUCUAUCUCUUCAUUUGCUUACUGUAAUAGUCCCUUGGAAACUAUGGUUUGAAGAUAUGGCAAAUGCUGAUUGAUUAAAUGAUCAUGAAACAACA